CCUCUGGUUUUGCUCACUCAUCAACCAAAAAAUCACAGCAAAAGGAAAAGAAGGCAAUGUCGAAAUCAGCAGAGGAAGAGAAGCAACAAAAGGCUUUUGGUUGGGCUGCCACAGAUAAAUCUGGAACCCUCUCCCCUUUCAAUUUCUCCAGAAGGGAAACUGGUGAUGAGGAUGUCACUUUAAAGAUUCUCUAUUGUGGAGUGUGCCAUUCAGACCUGCAUGUUCUAAAAAAUGAAUGGGGUUUCACCUCUUACCCUGUUGUUCCUGGGCAUGAAAUUGCUGGUGUUGCUACAAAAGUAGGGAAGAAUGUGACAAAAUUCAAAGUUGGCGAUCGGGUUGGGGUUGGUGUUCUGGUUGGCUCCUGCAAGACAUGUGAAUGCUGCCAGCAGGACCUGGAGAACUAUUGCCCUCAGAUAAUAUUCACCUAUAACUCUCAAAAUCCAGAUGGAACGAAAACUUAUGGUGGAUAUUCGGAUAUGAUUGUGGUUGACCAGCGCUAUGUGCUACGGUUUCCUGAUAACUUGCCACUGGAUGCGGGUGCACCAUUGUUAUGUGCAGGGAUCACAGUGUACAGCCCUAUGAAAUAUUAUGGAAUGACAGAGGCAGGAAAGCAUCUCGGUGUUGCUGGACUUGGUGGGCUUGGUCAUGUUGCUGUGAAGAUUGCUAAGGCCUUUGGGUUGAAAGUUACUGUCAUCAGUAGCUCCCCACAGAAGGAGUCUGAAGCAAUUAAUAGACUUGGGGCUGACUCUUUCCUUGUUUCCAGUGAUCCUGCAAAACUGAAGUCAGCUAUUGGUAGCAUGGACUAUAUUAUUGACACAGUGUCUGCAGCCCAUCCCCUGCUUCCAUUGCUUAGUUUGCUGAAGGUGAAUGGAAAAUUGGUCACUGUGGGAUUGCCUAAUAAGCCACUAGAAUUGCCUGUUUUUCCCUUAGUUUUCGGACGGAAGCUUGUUGGAGGGAGUGAUGUUGGUGGGAUGAAAGAAACUCAGGAGAUGCUGGACUUUUGUGCCAAGCACAAUAUAGCUGCCGAUAUCGAGCUGAUUCGGAUAGACGAAAUCAACACCGCCAUGGAAAGGCUUGCUAAAUCUGACGUCAGAUACCGUUUUGUGAUCGAUGUGGCGAACUCCUUGUCGCAGUAGGGUAGAGUUCAUUGCAAAAGAACUACCCGGAUAAAAUAAUUUUAAAAUAUUAUGAUCCAAGUAUAAUUCAAUAGUUAACGGAGAGGAUAAAAUCGAUGAACUUUUGAUGGCUUGGGACUGCUGUUGGUCCCUCCUUGUAUGCCCUUACAAUUGUUUUAUGCUGCAAGGAACCACCUAUGACCUAUCGUUUAAUGGCA